GUUAACGUUGCCCGCAGCUUCGACAAUUUCGAUUUGGGAUCCAUGGCGGCAUCGAGUCAGGUCCUUGUCCUCGGCGCGGCAGGUGUCGGCAAGGAAGGGCUGGUCGAGGCCGUUGUGAGGCAAGUCGAUGCUUCUAAAGGGAUCUCGUGGACCAAGGGUGCGUCGUCAUUCCGUGCUCAUCCAGCGACGAUCUCGACCAAGUACUACACGGCCGCAGUGGAAUUCCAUGUGCACUCUCAGCCGUUCAGUGGCGACUGGACGGCGUAUGAAGCGUGUCUCCUCGUGUGGAAUGCAAACGACAAGUCGUCAUGGAGUCAUGUCCAGAACGCAGUCGAAGGCAUGGGCGAGCAUUCGUUUGAUGUUCUCAUGGCCGUGGCAUGCGGGUCCAACAUCGCCAUCAACAUGGAAAACGCGACGGACUGGUGCCUUGAGCGUGGCGUGGAGCAUGUGGCAGUAGAUUUGGCGUCGAGUGAACCUGCUGCUUCGUCGAGUGACGAUCUCGCAUCGAAGGACGGAACGACUGGCAUGGCGCGCAUUGUUGAAGCAUUGGAGUGCACGAUGUGGAAGUCCAUGGAAAUGAAGCACGGCCAUGCGGCUUCGGCCGCCAUCUCGUCCGACGCCCUCGCUUCUUCCGAGCCGGAUCCUUCCCCUCCUGAACUUCCAUCCUCCAAUGCCGCUCCCCCAUCCGUCUCGAGCACCGCCAUCCCAACAUCCUCGGCGCAGCCCAGCGCGAAUACAAACAACAACAACGGCGUCGAAGAGUUUGAGACUUUGUUGCACGAAGUACAAGCAAUUCGAUCGCAAAUGCAAGGCGUGUCUGACGACCAGAGAAGGGCACGGGCCGCGGAAAUGGCCAUGAAGCUAUGGGAAAUGAUGGGCAACGACGACAGCGACUCGGACUAGUAACGACUAAUAAGCCACAAAGCAGGACCAUACUACUGUAUGAAUCCUCUCGCAAUGGCUGCUAUGUUGCGAAUUUGGGGGUGCCAUGCAUUGCUGUACAGUACCAAUACAGUAGUUAGUGCCUGCCACCUUGGAGUUAUGCAGUGCUGUAACGUUAUUAUUGUAUACAAACUGU